AUGUUUUCCGUAUUUAACUCACCAUGUAUCUUUGAGCAAAUGCCAUCCUUUAGUCAGCCAACUAGUGCUCAUUAUUUUGAUCGCAGUUCUCCAAUGAGCUAUUCUCCAGGAUUUAAAAGAAGAAAAGCUGUAAAAGCUAAAUCAGCGCCAUAUAAAAGAAAUGAUAGAAAUGAUUCACAAACUUUGAAAUAUGAACUUGAAGAAACACCUACUGGUUGCACAUUAAGCCUUUAUAAGCAUAUUUCCUCUGACCUUAUCUCAAAGUAUGUUAACGAAAAAUUGGAUGAACUAAGGGAGAGUCAUUAUAGACCAACUUACCAUGUUGUUCAAGAUUACUUUGGAAAUCAAUAUUACGUUGAAGAUGAAGCCGACGAUAAUACUUUAUUAAGAUCUGCAUUGGAAGACCUUGAUUUCAAAACUUUGGGAAAGAAAAUUGCAAGGGACUUGUUUCAAGACUACGAGAUAGAAUUGAACCAUAGAGGUGAUGAGUUAAACAUAUUAAGCAAAAAAGAUAAUAUCUUAAAAGAUUUCUAUCUAGAUCAAGUAUUCGAAGAUGUUUUUGUAAUAAGUUGUGGGGUUAAUAACUUAGAUGAUGACUUCAAAGAAAAAUAUGCUCUAUUGAAGAUUGGCUUAGUUAAGCAUGAAAAAGAAGAUGUUGCAUUUAAAGCUAGCCAACCAAAGGUGUCAGUUACUGAAUUCGCAAAAGAACAGCCUCAGGUUGACAAUAACAACACGUCCGAAUCUUCUUCGGAAGAGGAAAUGGUGGAAACAAAAGAAUCGUUGACUAAAGAAGAUCAAAUCAAAAAGUGGAUCGAAGAGGAAAGGUUGAUGCAGGAAGAAACCAGGAAAUCAAUGGAGAAAAAACUUGCAAAGGAAACAGAAGAAAGGCAAAAGAAAGAAAGACAAAGCAAGUUAAAAGCAAGAAAAGAAUCUCUAAUGCAAAAACAAAAAUCCAAGAAGCUAGAAGCCAAAAAAAUGCAAAACUCUAGUCCCUUAACUACUUUAAAGAUUGAGGCCAGUAACCAAGAAAAUACUGCCAAAGCUGAUUUUACAGAAAGUGAUGAUGAAAGUAUAAACAGCGAGUCAGACACGAAUUCAUAUUUCUCUUUGUCAAAUAAUACAUUAAAAAAGCAUGCGUCUCCUAUAUUGGAGGAUGUUGAGGAUGAAGAAGUUGAUAGAUACAAUGAAUCAUUAAGCAGAUCCCCCAGAGGAAACUCUAUUAUUGAGGAUAUGUAA